GGAGAAGCGAAGCAUCUAUACAAUCACCCCGCUAGCCUGCGGACAUUCUUGGACCGAUAGACCUAAAUAGUCUACUUGAACGCCCUCGUACAGUCUCUCGAAAGACAACUCAUCAGACAUGGCUUCCUACCCUGUUCAGCUGUGCGAGCUAGACAAUGGCGUCAAACUAGCGUAUCGCCUCGCACGACCUCUCGAUCAAAGCAAAGAGACCAUUGUCUUGUUUCAUUCCUUCUUGAUGGACUCGCGUCUCUAUCUUCCUCAGUUUGAGGAUGAUUCGUUUGCGGCAUUCAAUCUGGUUGCUGUUGAUGAGCACGGACACGGCUAUACGGAAGGGCCCGAGGACUUUACCUUCUGGGACUCGGCUCGCGAUGGCCUUGCAUUGAUGAAGGAACUUGGUGUACCGCGCUUCUAUAUCCUCGGAACGAGCCAAGGCGGCUUCAUUGCCAUGCGCAUGGCUCUCCUCGCCUCAGAAUCGACCGACCCGGCCGCUCAAACCGCCGUCAAAGGUCUCAUCCUGCUCGGUACGAAUGCCGCCUCUGAAAGCGACGAAAACAAGCAACUCUUCAAGCAAGUCCGUGACUUUUGGUGCUCAACCGAUAUUCCAACAGAAGACGCCAUGCGUACCAAGACGGGCAGUUUCGGCGGGCCAGAAGUGGUCGGUGAAGAGACGUACCGGCAGAUCUGUGAGAAUUGGCGACGUCGACAUUCAGGUUCUCGGGGAUACGACCCUGCUAUGCGAUGUUUGUCCGGUCGUGACUCCAUCGUCGAUCGACUUGGAGAAAUCAAGGUGCCUGUCUUGGUGAUGCAUGGUACGGCUGAUACGAUCUACAGUGUUGCUGGUGCGCAACAAUGGGCCAAGAAGCUUCCUAAUGUGUGGUCCUUCAAAGUUGUAGAUGGAGGCUUCCAUUACUUGAGCUUUACUUCACCUGGUACCGAAGCCUGCGCAGAAUACAUUCCACUGUUCAUCAAGUCGACACUCUAGAAUGGUCUCUGGCAUUUCAGGGACUCUCAGGGGCUGGAAGGAUUUUGACCUCUUGUUUGCUGGGCU